AUGUCUAGUUGUCAAUCAAAUAGUGCUACCUCUACGGCAUUUGCUCCUGCUAGAUCAGAGGAUCCAGCAUGGUCCCAUGCACGUGUAGUGCCAGAAGCAAGAAAUAGUACUCAAUGUCUUUAUUGUAGCAAAAUCAUUAGAGGUGGCGGAGUCACGAGGUUGAAGCAUCAUCUAGGUGGGAUUUCAGGUGAUGUAGAAGCAUGUAAAAAAGUCCCUGAUGAUAUAAAAUGGCAAAUGAAAGAGUUGGUCAAUGAAAUGAAAAAAAACAAAGAGAAGAAAAGAAAACUAAGCUUAGAGAUUGGAUGUGGAAGCCCUGUAGAUUUAACAUAUGAUGAUGUUGAUGUUGGUGAUGAUGAGUAUGAGGGAGGGAGUCAAGGACCCGUUCAUGAUUCAAAGGGGAAGGGGAAGGAGAAAGUAGGUGGAAAGUCAACGGGGCCAUUUAGCAGAUUUUUUGCUCCAAGAACAAGUCCUGGCUCUCAACCUUCUAUUAAGAGUGCUAUGUGUUCAAAAGAAAUGAUUGACAAAGCAAAAAUGGCUAUAGCAAAUUGGUGGUAUGAUGCUAAUUUACCUUUCAAUGCAUCUCAAUCUAAAUUUUAUCAACCAGCUAUAAAUGCUAUAGCUGCCAUCGGGCUAGGAUUCAAGGGUCCUUCUUUACAUGAGUUGAGAGGAAAUUUGUUGAAGAAUUCUGUGACUGAGGUUCAGAAUUAUCUCUUAGAUAUUAAAACAUCUUGGAGGGAUAGUGGUUGUUCACUAAUGGAAGAUGGUUGGACAAAUCAGAGGCAACAACCAAUAAUUAACUUUUUGGUUUAUUGCCCAAAAGGUACAAUAUUUUUGAAGUCUAUUGAUACAUCGGGCCUUAGAAAAGAUGCUGAAACAUUAUUUAAAAUUUUUGAUGAAGUUGUUCAAGAAGUUGGGGUGGAGAAUAUUGUGCAAUUCAUAACAGACAAUGAUGCGAGUUAUAAGGCUGUAGGAAAAAAGUUACAGCAAAUGUAUGGCUCUUUCUUUUGGUCCCCUUGUGUAGCUCAUUAUAUAGAUUUGAUGUUAGAGAAUUUUUGUGAUCCCAGACAUUUUCCUAUUAUUGAUGAAACUAUAAAGAAGGCAAGGAAGAUAACGAAAUUCAUUUAUAAUCAUGCUUGGGUUUUGGCUUUGAUGAGAAAGGACUUCACCAAAGGUCAUGAUUUAUGUCGCCCUGCAGUCACAAGGUUUGCUACAAAUUUUUUAAGUAUCCAAUGCUUACUGUUGUUUAAGAAAGAGCUUCGACAAAUGUUUACUUGUGAUAAGUGGAUUGUAUCAAGUUAUUCUAAAAGCAACAUAGGGAAGGAGAUAGCUGAGAUUGUUCUAGAAGAUAGAGAGUUUUGUGCUCAAUGUCAGUUUAUUGUAACAAUCAGCGAGCCUUUGGUUCGAGUACUACGACUUGUCGAUGGGGAUGAGAAGCCUGCAAUGGGAUACUUGUAUAAUGCAAUGGAGAAAGCCAAAGAGAAUAUAAAAGCAAGAUUGAAGAACAAAGUUUCUGCAUUUAUGCCAUUCAUCAAGGUCAUUGAUGCUAGGUGGGAUAAGCAGCUUCAUAGUCCAUUACAUGCAGCAGAUGGAACCUGA